AUGUCUUCUUCCACUACUUUAUCACCGCCUCCUCAACACCCAGGUGAACCCCAAUGGCAAACGUUCAGUGAUUGGAACAAGGCAAGGCCCGUAACGGAUCCAGUGGAGAUGCCAGCAUCGGAAGAAGAUCGGCUUGCUGAUGAGUUUCGAUUGCACAACAUUGUCGAUGAAAGCAACGAUCCAAACAGCUGGGGCGCACCACCAGAAGCACCACCUGCGUGGGGAGACAAUAGUAUCAAGGAUAACGAUGCUGGAUGGUAA